AGCGUAGCUCGAUCCACCCUCAGGCGAUAAGCCAUCAAACCACCCUGGCGGGCAUGAGAGACAGCCAGGGAGCCAGGGAGGAGCCUGGAGGUUCUUAAUAAUAAGGGCUGCGGUGUCCCGCAUGCCCGUCCGUUACUACUGAUUGGGUUAUGGCAACUCCGCCACUAGCUUCAUCCAAACUCCUGCGGACUGGAAUCGUUACAGCCCAGAACGAACCUCUCUCUCAAUUCUCAUUCUCGCCUUUCGAGGUCCUGACCUCUUCACCUUCUCUUCAUUCCGCCUCCUACCACCCCUCGCCUCGGGAUUAAUUCUGUUCCGCUAAUACCCCCCCGUCUUCCUGCCGCGUCCCGUCCGUGAGAAGAGUUUGUCAUUCAUCGCCAGUGCGGGUACGCACUUUUUU